AUGUUUGUCUCCCUGACACUGUUGCUUUGCGUGACCCUCGCAUUUUCUGAAGCCACUAAAGCUACCACUGGUGAAUUAGAAGGCCUUGGAAAAGUAAUAUUCCUUCCAAAGAUAAAUUUAUUGGCCGACUUUCAUGAAAAAGACAAUCGCAUCUUUGAUCCUCUACCAUCAGAUUGCUUUACCAAGAAAUCCUUGAAGUCCUCAAGCAGCAAUUUCAAUUAUUAUAAAAGUACCAAGGAAUUGUAUCAGUCACUGGCGACCGAGUCAAGCCUGAGCGCCUCGUUAACCUCUACGUUUACUUUGGGCGCUACUGUAUCCGUGGCAACAAAGAGCAGAAGCUCAGAGAAAACUGAAGUGAGUGGCAUAUCUUUGAUCAAGCAGGCGUUAACAGAGAAGAUUUACGUCGAUAAAGAAUGCCUUGUGAAUGACGAAAAGUCCACACUAAAAAGAGGAUUCUUGGACUAUUUAGAGAACUUGCCAUUAAAGAUUGAGAAACCGUGGUUUCACAAUUCUUGGAAAGAAUAUCGUACUUUCCUGAAAAAAUAUGGCUCCCAUGUCAUAACAUCUGUGAAGCGCGGAUCAAGAUUCCAGCAAAUGGCGUUCGCGAAGAGCUCUGAAUCGUAUAGCGAGAGAGAUUUUCAGGUGAGAGCCUGUGUCUCGGCAGCAGGUCCCACGUCCGUUGGAAAGCUUGGCGUUUCUGCUUGUUCUAACGUAACCAGCAGUGAAAAAUCCAAGGCAAGUAAGAUGAGUGUUAGCGAGACACGGUUCGUCAGAGGAGGACUAAGGGCAACGAAUAGCGAGCUGGCAAAUGGAGAAACGUCAGUAGAACUGAUUAAGAAACUCAUGAAUGAAGCUGAUGAGGCACCUUCGCCUGUCCAGCAUACUUUCAUGUCGAUCUCGAGCUUAUUACAAGCCCGCUUUAAACCAGGGUCUAAGAAUUAUGUCCGAGCAACAAACCUCGAGUACUACUACAAAGGAUACUUGAAUUAUGGUUGUCACUAUGAUAAAACCAAAGGUGUUGAAGUUCAAAAAUUCGACUACACCAGCAGAUCGCGUGAAAUAUAUCCAGAAUUCGAAUGUUCCAUCCCUGAAGAAGGUUGCCGUAGCGACGAUGAUUGUCACUACGUGGUUGGUGUCUGGUGCACUUGCCGAGGAAAAACGUGCGUUCGCCACAAGUCGGAGGAACAAAUCACAGGGAGUUGCAAGGAAACUGCAUAUAUGAACAAGAAAAAAUGGGACUGGAAAGGAUGCGAUUGGAAAACCAAGUGGUUUACGUGUGGUUGCUACAAUGAAGAUCGCGAUCAACGAAAGGUUGUGUGGUCCUUACCUACCACUUCGAAAGAUGCUGGUAAACAUAAAGGACCUGGCAACGGAACCUACCACGAAGCAAAGGAUCCAGUUAUAGGUCAAGCGGAAGGAACGGAAACACCUAACACAGCUGAAGAUAGUGCCAAACACGCAACACCCAGCUGUACCAAUCACCACAAGGCAAAACAUCUAAUUCAAACUCAUCUGAAGAAUGAGGAAGAGAAAAUUUGA